AGAAUCAGUUUUGAAACUUUAGGCCAAUUGGUGGUAAACAUAUUUUCUAAAUUUAGUUGGAUUUCGAAAACUUAAUAAAUUUAUAAGAUGUCUAUGGACACGGACCGCAACGAAGUAGCUCGUAUCAUGGUGGGCCAUGCAUCACAUAUUCGACUACAUACAGGAAACGUGAUCAACUGGAAUUUGUUGAAAAAACACAAGUUCCGACCUGCUAUGACAUCAUCAGAUGAGUUAAUGGAUGCAAUGCACACAGCAAUGCAGACAUGGAUACGUAGUAUGAAUAUAGAAUCACCUAAUCUGCCAGAACCUCGAAACAUAUUAGAUGUUUCAAACACGGAACUCGUUGCACCAAUAGAUUCAGAACAACGAGACCAGAUGAAACUAUCCGUUAAAUUGUUCCUCACUAGGUGGGAUCCUGAGCUCAUUAGACAAGCUGUUGACCAUGUAACCCGUGAGCUUGGUGUACAAAGAAUUGACUCAGUGAUCGUCUCCCUCCCCAUAUCACCUCCUACCUCCCUGUUGGAACCAAACAACAACUCAACAUCUGUUAUUCAUGACCUGGAAAAAGUAAAGCCAAUCUGGAAGGAGAUGCAGUCAACAGUGGACAGUGGUCAUGUGACUAAUAUCGGAGUUUGCGAUUUUGAUCAAGAAAGCUUAAAGGAAUUGAAUGAUUGGGCAAGGAUCAAGCCUUCAACCAACCAAAUCAACCUAACUAACUGUUGCGCUGUCCCAUGCGACCUUAUUCAGUAUUCACGGGAAAAAAGCAUCGAAUUAUUGACCCAUAACGACCCUGCAGAAAUUUUAUCGGGCCGGAAAUUUCAAUCUUUCAUGUCUGAAGCCACUGAUGAUAUUAAUUCUACCUCAUGGAGCCCUGCCUAUGUUGCAAGGUAUUCAGUUCUGGUCCGUUACCGUGGCAUUGUUCACUCCAAAGGUUAUCUUCUUUCUGCCGAACGAUCGUCACAAGAUGGGGCUGAAGAUUACGGGUUCUUUUGAAAAUUUUCUUCAAAAUUUUUGCUUAAUAUUUCCGACUUUUGAAAAGUUUCUUUUUUUAUUUUUCCAAAAAUGCUUUUUGGGUUGAGUUUCCAAAAUUCUUAAUCCUUUAUUGCAGGUCUGAUCUGGUUAAGGUUAUAUUUGAUCUAUUGUGUCUUCCUUAAGUAAGUUUCAAAUGGUAAACCAACACUAUUUAAUCAAAAUUCACUUUUAUUUUUGGGAGUGCCUAUAAAUACUUUUUUUUUUAAUUGGAGUACACAAAAAAACUGCUUUUGUCAAAUUGCGGUAAAAAUAGUUUUAAAUAUGUUUUUUAACCAAGCAAUAACUUUAUUAUACUGACUUUAAAAUUUCCAAAAAACUUAAGGUGUUAUAAAGCUUUCUUAAAGUAAAUAGCAACAGCUUUUCUGAGCUGAUAUUAUGAAGUCAUUAUUUGGAUUUUUCUGUAAAAUUAUUUGGAUUUUGCGAUAAGGUUUAUCAGUUCUAAAACCUAUAACAGCCUUUGAUGUUACUGUAAAGUUCAGUUAUGACCUUCAAUACAGUGAAACCUCCAAAACACUGCAAGCAUUUCAAUAAGUAAAACCUCUUACACAUAAGGACAACUUCAGAAAAAAUGUCACAAAUUUUUAGAAGUGAGUCCUAAAUUGUGUGAAAAUGACAUUUCAUUGCUGUGUAAAGUAUGUUGCGUCAUAAUUAUCGCACAAUAUUCAUAUUACUUCCCAGUAUUUCCCAUUAUUGUCUAAAAGCACAAAACGUCUUUAUACUUAGAAUUCCCCCGCAGAAGUAAAAAGUUUACCUACAAUUUUUUCGCAUAAAAUAAUAUAAAAACAGGCUUUUUGUUCUAAACAAUUUCCAAAAGUUUUUUUAUAAGUUACAAAACUAUGAUUAUAUUGACCAUUUUUGUUUUGUAUUUUGCUUUAUCUUUAUAGCAUAAUGUUCCAGACGAAUAAACACCCAAGUAUUAACACUUUUCAUAAGUUCGCCUGUCUAAAUUAUUAAUUUAUUUCUUUUAGAGUUGAUAGGCUAGAUCUUCUUUUGACUUAAAAAUAAUGUCUGUGUUUUUUUUUCUAUUUAUUGCUGUAAAUGAAUGUUGCAUUUUUUUAUAAGUGUCACUAUACUCAGAUACUCUUCUGGCCUUCUAAAUUUAAAAUUCAACAAUUGAUCCAUUUCCUUUGAAAGUUAAAGUGUACGGUUAUAUUUAAACAUGAACGAUUACUUUUCUAUGCAUGUUUUUUAAUGCCUGUGUAUAGUUUCAAUAAAACCUUAACCGUGUUGA